AUGGGUAGAGAAAAUAGACUCAGAGGGGCCAGGUCAGGUAAAAUAUGCAAUGAGUUAAUAUUCUUAUUAAAUGAGCGAAUGAAAGUACUAGAUGAGGAGUCAGAGACACAUUCCUAUGGACGCCCACUGUCAUAUUAUCCUGUAAAGAAAUUUAGAAGGAAGAGACCAAGCAUGAUCGUUAAAGUCUCACCCAAUCAAUGCUA